AUGCACUGCGAACACCCGCACGCCAACGAUCCCAUCAUCACGCCAGUUGCUUGUGACUCUGAGGGAGCAACAGCGGGCGUCGUAUGCUGUGCAUCUACUUCGGCAGACACUGACGAAGCCGAUACGACCAUCUGGGAAGGUUCUUGGGCGCACGCGCCCAUUCCACCCUCGGCAAGCCCAGGCGUUGGCCGUGCGAGCACGAGCAGUGCGGAGUGUGGCAAGGGAGUGCCGAUGCCGAAGUUUACGGCGUAUCCCGGGCCGGGGAGAUGGAGUCCAGCGCAGCCCUCACGCGCGGCGCAGCUCGCAGAAAAGGCCUCGGCGAAGGCGGCAAAGUCCAACGUCAUGGUGCCGGUGAACGUUCCCGCGUCCGUACCACCUAUCGUGCCAUUCUUGGGUGCAGGAGGGUCAGCAAAGAACAGCAGCGCCACGUCCGGACACAGCGGAAUGUCGUCGAUUUCGAGAGGCAUGGGGAUCGGUACAAGUACCAGCCGUACCGGGAAGAACGAAACCGAGCAGGUCGACAGCACCCAGACGGGUCAGGCGCUGCGGUCUCCGCCGUUGCCAUGGAGAGCUCCCAGGGUGGUAGAUUCCGGAGCUUGUAUGAUGGCAGGCUCGUCCGGAGCAGCAGACCGCGGAGAAGACAUAUUGGCUCUCGACCCCGAUCUACAUUUGAUGACGGGUGCGGGGUCUGUGGAAUCCGUGGGGGCAGAGACCCCGACGACGAGCGUAGGGCCUACACCGCCUGCCAUCUCGGGUAAGACAACCGGAGCAUCAUCAGCGAGUAGCUCCCAAGAGCGGCGUAUGUCAGUGCCCGACGAGGGUGUCGCGAUGCCGCUGGCUCCGGGGGAGGACGCAGCAGCGGUAGAGGUACCGGUGCCGCCGGCAACAGAUAAGCACCAGUCGGCUUCCCACAACGAGAAAGCCGCUUCUGGAGGAGCGUCGGGAGGCAUCGAGCUGUGCGUCAGCGUGGCUACCGCGACCGCAGCGGCAGACUCUGCUGCGCAAUCGCAGCCGGCAGGAAACACGCCUCCGGCGGACAUGCCAAGGCAAGGAGGGGCGUCUGCAGCGUCAGCACCAUCAGAAUCGAGCUCUCUUGCGCGUGGAUCCCGCGGCGGCGGGUCUGGAGGAACGGGACUUCGUGGUGUGGGGGUGAUCAACUCAGGGGUGGCGGCGAUGGGAGCGACGGUGGCGUGGCUUGGGAGGAGUGGGGUAAGGAUGAUGUGGUCGCGCCCUGAGAGAGGAGCGGCGGCGGCGGCUGGAUCAUCGGCGACGGGAUCAUCGGCAGCAACUGAAUCGCCACAGGGAACACGAGCAUCUGGGACAAAGAGGAAAGCUACACAGGGAUCGUGGGAUGGAAAGGGGGAAGGUUUCGCGAUUCACACCGGAACGAAGCCUGAGUCAUCGGCUACGACCGGAGCAUCGCCGGGUUCACCGGCAGCGGGGAUGAGGAGGAAGGUGACGCCGACAUCAGGGGACGGAGAGGAACGUUUCGUACCCCACACCCGGACGAAGUUUGGGUCAUCAGCUACGAUAGGAGCAUCGCCGGCGACAUCGGCAUCGGGGACAAAGAGGAAGGCGGCACCGGGAUCAGGAGAUGUAAAUCAAGGCUACGUGCCCCACACCCGGACGACGCUUGGAUCAUCGGCUACGACUGGAGCACCGGCGGGGACAUCGGCAUCGGGGUCCAAGCGGAAAGUGCAACCGGCAUUCGGGGACGGCGAGGCAAGGCUUGUGCCACGAACACACGUGAAGAGGAAAAUGACGCCGACAUUCGGGGAUGGAGUGGAACGGUUCGCGCCCCGGACGAAGGUGUCCGUGAAGAAGCAGGUGCCAGCCAAGCUCGAAUCCGUCAGGCUCACGCGCUCAUCGGCACGGGCGGUGUGGGUAGACAGCAGCAGCAGCAACACGAUCAAGCGCGGGAGAGACACGGACGACCAGGCAACGGCAGAGGGGAGGAACACGGGCUGCAAGAGGACUAAGCACAACAAGUCGAUGGGGAACAAGAGUGUGACGGACAGCCCAUCCGCAACCACAUGCAGGCCUGGCAGGAGCCGCAAGAGGAUGAACGGCGACGACGACGACAACGACGACGGCGGCGGGAGCGCGGGAGGCGGCUCCUCAGGGGCGUGGUCUGCAUCCGAGUCUCGGGCCAGCAAGCGCAUUCGCCUCACACCCUCCGGUAAAGCCCCGGUAUACUCACGCGGGUAG